AUGACCACCAUCGACACAAUCGACACAAUCGACAUACCACCCCAAGGCUACCCACCCGAAAUCACCGGCUAUGCAGACCCCUGGAUCGCCAACCCCGGUGAGGAGGUCGCCAUCAAAGUAUCGUGCACCGAGCCCGAAUAUUCCCACCGCACUGUGCGCGUCGUCCAAGGCGUCGAGGUUGAACACUCCCCUCUCAAAAGGUUGGAACCCAUCACGCAAAUCCCUACCGGAACAGCAAAGGGACGGUUCCAAUGCGCGAGACCGGGUUCGUACGCCGUGGUUGAACAAGGCUUGGGCGGCCUGCUCCACGGCUCCUCAGUCAGCGAGUCUGCGUGUCUGCAAGUCUCACUCUUCUUCCAGGCACAUCUCCCCAUCGCGGCCGGACCGGGACACGCUCAGGCCAUUGUCUCGACGUUGAAUCGCGGCGCGAAACGCGGCUUCGCGGUGGUGAUCAACGAAGCCGGUGUCGUCGAGGCGUGGAUCGGGACGGGCGACGCCGUCCAAGUGGUACACACGGGGUUCAGUCCCGCGCGGCAGCGCUGGGUCGACAUGACGCUCACGCUCGACGGGAUGGACUGCUCUCUUGUGCUUCGCCCCGUGGCGUAUAUUCUGGAAAAGGCGGCCCCCGUGUCAGUUUCACGGGCCAGGCUGGCAGGGCCCGCCGUCGGGGCCUCGUCCACGGAUCCUCUGCUUUUCGCGGCAACGGUUGACCAAGUUCCUAGUCCUGGCGCUACCUCCGCCGGUCGAAGAGCUGCGUGUUUCUUCAACGGUCGCAUCGACAGUCCUACCAUCUCAAAAGUGGAGGGUUCCACCAAGACCGUCACAGUCCUGGCCAAGUAUGAUUUCUCCCGCAACAUGGCAGAGGACACGAUCCUCGAUGUCUCGGGGAACAACCUGCACGGCGUGCUCGUCAAUGCCCCAACCAGGGCGGUCACAGGUCACGACUGGGAUGGCAGCGAGGUCGACUGGACGAAAGCCAAGUACGGGUACGGCGCGAUCCAUUUUCACGAGGACGACCUGGACGACGCGCGAUGGGACUCGGACUUCACCAUCAAGAUCCCCGAGACUGCUCGAUCAGGCAUCUACGCGGUCGAAGUGACUUCGACGAACGGGAAGACGUCCGAUAUGAUCACCUUCGUCGUCCGGCCCACGCCGGCCACCACUGCGGCUGUCGGUGCGAAGGUCGCGUUCGUCCUUUCCACCUUCACGUACCUGGCCUAUGCCAACGAGAAGCUUUCGGACACCAAUCGCUCCAGCGCGAUCGAGGUUGCGCCAGGCUUUGAUGUCUCUUCCAUCCGCCGCGACGAGGACUACGACCGCCUGAUGCGCCGCAAAGAUCUCGGUCUCUCCAACUACGACGUCCACAAUGAUAACUCUGGUGUAGUCUUCUCCUCGGCAAAGCGACCCAUCUUGAACUUCCGACCGGGGUACAUCAUGUGGGCGUUUGAACGACCCCGAGAAUUGAGCGCGGACUCCAUGAUGAUCGGGCUGCUGGAACGGCAGGGUAUCCCCUACGACGUCGUGACUGACCACGAUCUCCAUCUCCAUGGCGCUGCGACGUUGGCGCCGUACAACACCAUCCUCACCGGUUGCCAUCCCGAAUACCCAACGCUGCAAUCCUACAACGCAUACGAGGAUUUCGCUCGCCAGGGUGGCAGUAUCUUGUACCUCGGCGGCAACGGCUUCUACUGGGUCUCCUCGGUCGAUCCAGCCCGCCCGUGGCGUCUCGAGGUCCGCCGUGGAGAUCAGGGCGUCCGCUCAUAUGCACUCCCUGGUGGCGAACGUGUGAUGAGUCUCACCGGCCAACAAGGUGGCCUAUGGCGCUCAAGGGGUCGUUCCUCACACGGCCUCUUCGGAGUGGCCUUCUGCGGUGAAGGAACCGGUCCGGGCGUCCCUUUCAAGCGCAACGAUGAGAGUUACGACUCCAAGUUUGACUGGAUGUUCAGGGACAUUCCUUCCGAUCAGCUCAUUGGCGAGUAUGGUCUUGGAGGUGGCGCCAGCGGCGACGAGAUCGACUCCUUCGACCUGCUCUGCGGAAGUCCCGCGACCGCCACAGUCAUCGCUUCAAGUACAGGCCAUUCCGACGAGUUCGGAAUCGCGCCCGAAUGCACUGCCUUCCCUAUCACGGGGACGCUGGGGACCCAGACCAAGGAGAUCAGGAGUGAUCUCGUCUACUACGAGACAGACGCCGGAGGGGCCGUGUUCUCUGUCGGCAGUAUCAAUUGGUAUUGCUCGCUGGGUUGGGACGACUAUGCGAACAACGUGGCCAAGUUGACGGAGAAUGUGAUUAGGGAGUUUAUGCGCAGAGGGCGUGGAGGGCUCAACCAUGAUAACAUCUCGACGACUGUAUCACUGGCUAAGCUGUAA